CUCUCGCACAAAUUUCCAUAAUCCCUAUUUUACCCCUUUCUUCUCUCUUCUUCUUCCACGCCGUCGUCGUUCUCUCUCUCCCUCCGCGAAUGGCUCUCCAAGCAGUUCUUGUCGCCGAUGUUCCCAGUCUCGCCGAGCCCGUCUCACUCUGCUCCAAUGGAUUCUCCGAUGGUCUUGAUUUGUGUAGCUCGAGGUCGUUUAGGAUGUCGAGUUUCGCCGUGAUCGGACACCGAGGAAACGGCAUGAAUGUGUUGCAGUCGUCAGAUCGGAGAAUGAGAGGGUUCAAGGAGAACUCCAUCCUCUCGUUCGACGCCGCCGCCAAACACCCCAUUGACUUCAUCGAAUUCGAUGUUCAGGUGACAAAGGAUCGUUGCCCUGUCAUUUUCCAUGAUGACUUCAUCUACUCCGAAGAAAAUGGUGUUGUUCACGAGAAGCGGGUGACAGAUCUGUGCCUGUCUGAGUUCUUGUGCUAUGGACCUCAGAAGGAACUAGGGAAAACUGGGAAAACCCUCAUGAGGAAAUCGAAAGAGGGUAAGAUUUUGAAGUGGGAUGUUGAAUUGGAUGACUCCCUAUGCACACUACAGGAAGCUUUCGAACGAGUUGAUCAGACUCUGGGGUUCAACAUCGAGCUGAAGUUUGAUGAUCAUACUGUCUAUGAACAAGAUUUUCUCGUCGACAUUCUUCAAGCAGUUCUGCAGGUGGUGUUUGAUUAUGGUAAAGAUCGACCGGUAAUCUUCUCAAGCUUCCAACCAGAUGCAGCGCAGCUCGCUAGAAAAUUGCAGAGCACCUAUCCUGUUUACUUUCUGACCGAUGCUGGGGCCACAAUCUACUAUGACGAGAGAAGAAACUCGCUGGACGAGGCUAUCAAGGUUUGCUUAGACGGAGGGCUGCAAGGCAUUGUUUCAGAGGUUAAGGGUGUUUUCAAAGACCCCGCAGCUGUCUCCAGGAUCAGAGAAUCUAAGCUCUCACUCCUCACAUACGGAAAACUCAACAAUGUGGGAGAGGCAGUGUACAUGCAGUAUGUGAUGGGGAUUGAAGGAGUGAUUGUAGAUUUUGUUGCCGAGAUUACAGAGGCCGUGACCCUGAUGAUACGGCCCCCAUCACCAUCACCACCAUCACCAUCACCGUCAUCAGAUGGAGAAGAGGAUGACUUUGCCAUGGCAAAACCCAAUUUUUCACAAAAGGAGAUGGCUUUUCUUCUCAAGCUGCUCUCCGAGUUGAUACAACAACAAUGACCAAACCUUCUGUCUUAUAUUUCUCAUCGUUAUUUUGUAAAUACAUUUGCGAGCUUUUGAAUUUUACACUGAAUUAAGAACAAGUAAAAAUCCCCUACGAGUGUUAUCGUUUU